UCCACAUUCAAUGUAUCACGAAUAGAUGGUCCCACUGAUCAUUGUAAGUCGACAGAGAGCAAAGAAAAAACGCAUGCGAAAAUGAAUACAUGUACGAGACUUGUUAUUGGGGUCGCUUUCUUCUUGAUUGGUGUGUUUGGCCAGGAAAUCCCGGACGCGAAUCAACUGAAGUGUCGACUAUGCAGCUAUGCAUUUGAGCUUAUAGAUUGCACGAAGCAGGCGGUAUGCGACAACAGGACCGAGGAAUGCUACAUGGACCAGGUUGUGACGGAAACGUUCAAUACUUUGUACCGAGGAGGUUGCCGAGGAAGAGAUCAAUGCAAAGGGGGUACAGCUGGUGCAAUAGGAAAGCGGGAUGUGCUCGUCAGCUGCUCACAAUGCUGUUCAAACCAAGACGACUGUAACAAACAUUUGUGUGGACUUAGACAGGGAAACUUGACCGGAUCUCAAUGCUACUUCUGCGACUCGUCCAAGUCUAACCAGUCAUCAGUCUCCAACCCUAAGGACUGUAUCACUCUUACUACGUGUGACACUGACCAGGUUUGCUAUGCCCACAAUGAGUACCAUCCAGGAUCGGCUAUGACGUUCAAAUACGGGUGUCAGAACAAAUACGUAUGUAGAUUAUUGAUGAAGAGGUUCUUCGAAGAUAUGCGUCGUUGCGUGGGUUCGACAGAAUGCCUACAUGAAAGUGUGCUCUGCGAUGUCUGCUGCGGAGACGGAGGCUGUAACUACGGCGAUUGCAAGAUAAUCAAGGCGCGCCUUUUCCAACUGUGGACUGCAGGCAAGUUGAACAAUGAUACCCUUCAAGUCAUUCCAUAGGCGCUGGGAGUGGACCAGUCAGAUGUAGUUGUGUCAACUGUGUAUUUUGACCGUAAAUAAAGCUGUAUAAUGUC